UAUUUUGGUGGUCAACGUGCUAUAAGAAAAUGUCAUCGUCUAGUGACGUUAAUCGUGUUAAAAAAUUUAAGUUAGUUUUCUUAGGCGAACAAAGUGUAGGAAAAACGUCACUCAUAACCAGAUUUAUGUACGACAGUUUUGAUAAUACGUACCAAGCAACCAUAGGAAUUGAUUUUCUAUCAAAAACAGUUUAUUUGGAGGACGCAACGGUUCGUCUUCAACUGUGGGACACGGCGGGCCAAGAGAGAUUUAGAUCCCUAAUUCCAUCGUACAUUCGAGACUCCAAAGUGGCAAUUGUCGUCUAUGACAUUACGAAUGUUAAUUCCUUCUAUCAAACAGCCAAGUGGAUUGGUAACGUACGCACGGAAAGAGGAGGCGAUGUGAUAAUUGUGCUUGUCGGUAAUAAAACAGAUCUGGCUGCUGAUCGGCAGGUUAGCGUCGAGGAAGGUGAAAGAAUGGCUAACGAAAUGGGCGUUAUGUUUAUUGAGACGAGUGCUAAGUUGGGCUAUAAUGUAAGGCAACUCUUCAGACGUGUCGCAUCUGGCUUGCCACAAAUGGAUCUGGCAGAAAAGAUGACGCCUGAAAGCUUGCAAGAGGUUGUCUUGAAGGAUACUGGGAACGUUGUUAAAGACCCAUAUGAAAAGUGUUUGUGUUAGGGAAUAUUUUCUCAAAUCAACACUUGGAGCAAAGAUAUACUGUUGAAGUGCAAUAGUUUUAUGUUAUCAGUUAGAA